AUGGUGACCAUCAAACAAGACUCGGAGCUGAUGACAAACUAUGUCUCGGCCAACCCCAUCCCAGCUGGCCAGCAUUUUGCAGUCUUCAGAGAUGCCAACAUGGAUCCAGGUGUCUUUUCCCUGAGUGAAGACUCCUAUCUUUACUUGAUUACUGUCAUCAAUGGCAAAGCCACUAAAAUUGACUUUGGAAGCGUAUCUGGCAUCGUUCCCAGCGGUACCAAGGUUCAGGCCUUUGCUGUUGUUCAAGCACCGGAUUCUACACUUGACAUCUGCAUUGCCACUCCUGGAGCCAACGCCACAUCUUCCUUUACAUUGCUUUACGGUAUCACAUUUGCUGAACUUCAGAGUCCCAUUCCAAGCUCCAAGAUUAUUCGUGGAGCUUCCUUUCCUACAGUUGACCACAUUUACAUGAACAAUAAAUCUACGGAUACAAAACGCACCUUGCCUUUAGUUAUGGUAGCAUUCCAACGUCCAGACAGACUUGCCAGCACAGAAGAUCUACGAUUUGUCCAAUUUAUUCAGAACCAGGCGACGUUAUUGGGUCCAUGGUCCUUGGCUGCGAAUCCCAAAAGAAUUAUAGACGUUGCUUUGGGAACCUGUGCUCUUGGAGACGGCGUAUUUGUCUUAUAUGAAACCUUCAGCGGGCCUACACACAUUCAGUUCAAGUUCUUCACCGGCAGCACCAUGGUCGUGGAGCCAAUUUGCCCUACCGGCGCAACUUGCAUUAAUUCAUAUGUCGAUCCUACGUCGCAUCAGAGUAUUCUUCUCAUUGGAGGUCAAAACAUCACGGCCUUCAAGUCAAGCGAAUACUGCUCUGCCAAAGGCAAAGGAACUGUCAUAAACACGGGAGACCAAGUCAGUGGCCUCAAGGACCUCCAUGUCACCUUGUCUGGACAAACUUUGAGAUUUUGGUACACGACCAACACAGACGCCGUUCACUAUUAUACAGCACAAAGCACAACCCUUUCCAAUGGAACUGUGAUUCCUCUCCUUUCGGAUGGAAAAGGCGGCCAAAUUUCUGGGUUGCUUUCUUUGAAGUCUGCUGACGGUUCAGAUCAAACACUUGUCAGCAGCUUGCUAUCCGUAGAUGAGUAUGGCAACCUCAUCCUCUUGCAACAAGAUUCGGUGUCACAGCUGUGGCAAACAUACCCCUUCUGGUAUGCGUCAGACUUGAAUGUCAUCGAGACCAAGGGAUUCAUGCUGCGGAUGCAUGCUACAGCCACCACUAGCGAUGAAGCCAGUCUCAUUCCUGGGUGCUGGCUCAGAGUCAGCGCUUCAGGUGUUGUUCGAUGUACCGUCAAUGGCCGGUAUGCUUCACUUGGGCCCACUGGUCAAUGGUAUCAGACAGAUGCCAAGGGAGUUCUGAACAUACAACUUCAGAGCGAUGAUGCUUCUUGUUUCGUUUUCUCAGCAGACGCUUACCGCGCUGCCAAACCUGGAUCUCCUGAGACUUCUCUGCAGAACCCACUCCUGGAUCCCUCGGUGAAGGUAAUUAUGAAGCUUGACAAUGUUCAGACUCCCGAAGAUGUUCGCGCCCUCAAGAAGCAAGAUGGUACUCCUCUUAUUCCAUCCGAUGCCUCGGAUGACGAUGUCAAGAGUGCUGCUGCAUCGAUUCAAGCCUUGGUAGAUCAGACACGUCAGAAUCAAGGGGAUAGCCAGCAGCAGUUGCUGAAAUCCUUCAAGGCAGUAAGCCUUGUGGCUGCUUCUGGAGGGGAAAUGGCUCAUGGCAUACGAGCUUUCUCUAUUGGAGGCACGCUCAAAGAUCUCUGGCAUCAGGUUGAGGACAAGGUUGAAGAUGCUGUUGAUUGGGGUGUUAAUCUUGUUGAGGACGCUGCUGGCAAAGUCUGGCAAUUCAUUAUCAAAAUUGGCGAUGAAAUCUAUACCUUUAUUCUGGAUACAGCUUCGGUCAUUGUCAAGGCUGUCGUCUGGGUCUUCAAGAAGCUGGGCGUCCUGUUGCAGGAUGUUAUUGACUUUUUGGGAUACUUGUUCAAUUGGGAUGACAUUCUCGCUACAGCCGACAGCAUUACCACUGGAUUUAAUGCAGCUCUUGACUAUGGGCAACAUCUUCUGGAUACUACUGAGAUCACAGUCGACUCAUGGCUAGAAGAGCUCCGUACCACCAUCAAAGCUCAAUUACCCACGCUGCAGAACCAAAACUACGAUGGCGCUUCUGCUGCUCCUAAGAGCGUAAAGUCAAAGGCUGCCCUAGAGCCCACUGCUGCGUCUAAUGCUGAUGAGACUGACCAAGAUGUCAAGUCGGAUGUUGCCUACAACUGGUCGACAUAUUAUUUCACAUAUGGUGGCGGUACUACCAAUGCCGUCCUAACUGAUAAUAGCACUCCUGGUUCGGCAGAAGACGACCUCGUUGCUAUUUGGGACGAUAUCCAAGAUGAGCUCGACACUAUCGUCAAACUCUGCACUAACGUCGCCAAAGAUUUCCUCGACUUUUUCGAUAGCGGGGAGUAUGAUAUCAAGGCUCUCAUGGUCAAGAUCUCUGGAGAUCUUCUAGAUGCCAUAAUCGACUCUCUCAAGACCCUUGGAGAUAUCCUAUUCAAGGCCUUGGCUUUGGGUAUCAACUUGAUCAAGACCCUCGCCAACGGCAACAUGGAUAUCCCUGUAAUUGGAUGGCUCUGGAAGAAGAUUGCCGGCAACCGACCCCUUUCUCUACUAGGACUGGUCGCAUUGCUCAUGGCCAUUCCUACAACAGUUCUCUACAAGGCCAAGGCAGACAAGGCCCCUCCAAAGCUUACGGGUCGACUGACCUCUGAUACUUUCGGUCAGUAUGUAUCGGGCACAGCUGAUCCUGCCCUUGCUAAGGACGUGACCAACUUCACGCUGGCAACGGCCACGAGUCUGGAGUUGGUGUAUGGCGAGUUCAAGACCAUUUCUCUCCUCAUCGACAGCGCCCUUGAAGGCACCGGGUUAGAAAGUGUUCCGAUCGGACCUGUUGCCCAGCUCACCAAUGUGCUGAACGCAACGUCACUUACAUUCGAGACGAUAUCCACGUUCAUCACCUGGCCAGUCGGCGAGGAUCCCACGAAGCCGCCGACUGAUACCUCUACAACAGCCAAAUUUGUCAAGUACUCUAAAUUGGGGCUCACCGUCUCCAAUUUUGGCGCCGCAGCGCUGGCAAAUGUCAUCGCCAAGGUGAAGAAGGCCGAUCAGCCAACCAUCAAGCGCUGGAAGGGCACCAUCGCCGCCGUUGUGGCUGUCCCUACACUCUGCGUUGCCCUCACUAACGAUAUCCACGAAGCACAAGAAGGAACAGUGAAGACAGAGCUUGUCGCCAACCACUUCAUUGAAGCCUUUUUCGAGCUUGGCAAGCAGUUGGGAUUUGCGGCAGCAUCUUGGGACAAUGAGAUCGAGAGUAUCAUUAUGUAUGUUGGGCUGGCGGUGCAGCAGAUUUGCAGUUAUGGCGGAUAUGGCUGCAAGAUUUACGACUUUGUGGAAACGUAUCAGUGA